AUGUAUGGUUUAUUGCUGGAGAAUCUCUCCGAGUAUAUUAAAUCAGUGUAYGGCGAGGAGAAAUGGGAAGACAUACGACGUCAGGCUGGUAUCGACUCGCCAUCGUUUAGCGUACAUCAAGUCUACCCGGAAAAUAUGCUGAACAAGUUGGCGAAGAAGGCGCAACAGGUACUCGGCGUCUCCGAGCACGAGUUCAUGGAUCAAAUGGGUGUGUACUUUGUYGGCUUUGUUGGACAAUAUGGUUACGAUCGUGUGCUUUCGGUGCUUGGUCGGCAUAUGCGUGACUUUCUCAAUGGUCUCGAUAAUCUGCAUGAAUAUUUAAAAUUCUCAUAUCCACGCAUGCGAGCGCCAUCAUUUAUUUGCGAAAACGAGACGCGACAAGGACUCACAUUACACUAUCGCUCAAAGCGGCGUGGUUUCGUCUACUACACAAUGGGGCAAAUACGUGAAGUGGCGCGACAUUUUUACCACAAGGAGAUGCAUAUCGAACUAGUGCGCGAAGAGAUACUCUUCGACACCGUACAUGUGACAUUUCAAUUGACAUUUGAUAAUCGUGCAUUUACGCUUGCAUCGCUGGCGAUGACGCGCGAGGAGAAGCAUUUACCCAUUAGUGCACAUGUGCUCUUCGAGAUAUUCCCAUUUUGCAUUGUAUUCGGCGCUGAUAUGGUGGUACGCAGCAUUGGCAAUUCUCUGAUGGUCAUUCUACCCGACCUGCUGGGGCAAAAAAUUACCGCCUGGUUUGAUCUGGUGCGCCCUUUAAUUGCCUUCAAAUUCCAAACUAUUUUAAAUAGAACAAAUAACAUUUUUGAAUUGGUCACGGUUGAACCAGUUACCGAUCGCGUCGAUCUUCAACCCUCCACCGAAUUGCUGUUGCACGAUGACGGUUCCGAGCCUGAAAAGACGCUGCGUUUGAAAGGUCAAAUGGUCUACAUGGAGAAUUGGCGUAUGAUCAUGUUUCUGGGUACACCGGUUAUGCCUGAUCUCAACUCACUCAUAACAACAGGUCUCUACAUUAAUGAUUUGUCAAUGCAUGACUUCAGCAGAGAUCUCAUGUUGGCCGGCACACAGCAAUCAGUCGAACUCAAGUUAGCGCUCGAUCAAGAACAACAAAAAUCAAAGAAACUGGAGGAGUCCAUGCGCAAACUAGACGAAGAAAUGCGGCGCACAGACGAAUUGCUUUAUCAGAUGAUACCGAAACAGGUGGCUGAUCGUUUAAGACGCGGAGAAAAUCCCAUUGACACGUGUGAGAUGUUCGACUGUGUGUCUAUACUUUUUGCUGAUGUUGUUACCUUCACCGAAAUCUGCAGUCGCAUCACACCCAUGGAGGUGGUGUCCAUGUUAAAUGCAAUGUAUUCUAUAUUUGACACGCUAACCGAGAGAAAUAAUGUCUACAAAGUGGAAACUAUUGGUGAUGCUUACAUGGUAGUGUCGGGUGCGCCAGAAAAGUCCGUCAAUCAUGCGGAUAAAGUUUGUGAUAUGGCCUUAGAUAUGGUGGAUGCCAUCACUGAUCUGAAAGAUCCAUCGACGGGCCAACAUUUGCGCAUACGUGUGGGUGUGCAUUCCGGUGCGGUGGUUGCGGGCAUUGUUGGUUUAAAAAUGCCGCGAUAUUGUCUCUUCGGUGAUUCAGUGAAUACCGCAUCACGUAUGGAAUCCACGGGCUCUGCGAUGAAAGUUCACGUCUCCGAGCCGGCUAAGCAAUUUCUCAGCCCUUGUUACAAACUAACGGAACGCGGUGAAAUCGAUGUUAAAGGGAAGGGUCCAAUGAAGACAUAUUGGUUGGAAGAGCGUGAAAAUCGCAAAUCGUUACAAUUGCCACCCGAACUGUUCCAUCCAAUUUCAACAUUUACUGCAGCAACAGUAACGACUGCGACCUCAAUUCCGUCGACUGCAGCCUCUACAACCGACCGUCGUUUGAGUGUUUCGCAAACUUURAAAGCAAUUAUGCCAGCUGCCGCCCAACCGGUUAUCGGUUCGGUAGAGCGUAUGCAAUUGGCAAAUGCCACAAGUGCCAUGAUCAAUUCAAUGGAUGCRGCGAGCGCGGCAAGCACGACCUCACCACCCCAGAACAGUGCUGGAAAAGAGCGUGGACGUAUUUACUCACCAGUAACCUUCACAGAUAUAGCGCGUCGUAGCAUAGCAAAUUCGCCUGUGCGCAAUUCUUUCGGAAGCAAUGAAUGUGGUCGUGAAUCGCGUUCCAAUUCAAUGGGUCAUGUUUUUAUGCGWACACCUAGCGAUAUUUUUGGUUCGCUCAUAUUAGAUACCGAAGAAUUUUUAGAAGAUCUGCAAUACUCACGCAAUUCAUUGGUCAAUAGUGGCACCACUACAUCGGUUUGCCCCUAUAGUCCAACGCCCGCUUUUCGUAUAGGUAGCGCACCGUCCAAACCACGUCCCAAUAAUCCCGAUCAGUUUACACCCGAAGAGCUGGCUGCCAUGGAUCAGAUUACCCCACCGUCUACAGCACCACCACGAGAAACUGUCACAUGCAAAGUGGCUCCAACCACAUCGUCAGCGUCGUUGGAAAAAUCGAAGGCUAGAAAAAUCACAUUUUCACGUAGCCUAACUAUACCACAAGAACCAGUUGUUUUGCCAUCGCCACCACCUGCGCCACAGCAAUCACAGCAACCGCUAAAGGAGCAAUUAAAACAGCAAAAGCCACUGGCAACCAAUAUUUCAAACUCCACUGUAGCCUCCAUACCAGUGCCGAUCAUACCUAAGGCCACUGCAGUUGCGAUGCCGACAACGUCGACCGCAAAGACCAAGAUCACAAAUAACAACAUAUCAUUCGGCAGCAGUCGUACAUCAUCACGAGAAUCGCUGUCACCGUGUUCGCCACCGAUUCGUUCGAAUUCGGCACCACUACCUAUGUCCAAAGCAGCACGUAAAGCAUUCCUCGCUGCCAAGCAAACAAAAGCUAUUGAAAAGUUAGAUCGGAUGAUUGAGGAAGCAAAUGAAGUCGAUGURCAAAACAAACGCGCUAAUAUGCGACGCAUGGCUGCCUUUCGUGAUGAAGGUGGCGGCGAUGGAGGUGGUGGUUGUCCGCUAUUUUUGCCRCCACCACCAGGCCCGCAGAUGACGAACUCCAUGUCAGAUUCAGGAUUGGCGCAUCAUGGACACAACCACAAUUACUCGCAAAUGCAUUACGCCACCUGUCACCAUGCGCACGAGCCGAAAAUGUCAAACAGUCACAGUUUCAGUCAUACUCGUGGUACUGCGCAUCAGUGUUGUACAGGCUACAAUCACUCUAAUGGGCGGCAUCGAAUGCAUUCCAAUGCAUGUCAAUUGUUGUAAGGACCACAAAUAAACAAACMAUAGUAAGUUUACGCUAUUGUAAACUCAACGUUAUUCCUGCAGUUAUCACAAGCUGACUAAAWUAGAUACAUGACGGAAAGCAGAUACGAGAUAUGUCAAGGCAUGUCUAAAGGCGACAUCAGUGAUAUUAAUAGACAGCGGAUAUUAAUAAAUGUACUGGGAGCCAAUUAGCUGUACUGCGAGAGAUUAAAGAGGUAUUAAGUUACUUUAACAUCACUAAAUAAUAUUUCUGUAUGCAUGUGCUUAUAGGGUUAAUGAUGGUGCUAAAUGUAUUUUAGUAAAACCGCAAAAAAUCUCGAAGGAAUAAUAUUUGAUAUGUAUACG